ACUCUAACUUUUACUCUCGAUCUUCUUCCCAAGUCCUAAAAGCUUUAAUGCCAUUCUUCUUCUUCUUCUUCACUAUCAUGGAUCUGUCUCUAAAAUCAUCAUCAACGUCUUCUUCUAUCUUCUUUUAUGCACGCGCAUAACUUCCUUAAAACGCUGCGUUUUGCAAUACACGCGCUAAUUGUGGCUCUGUGAUAAUCUUUUCACGCCACAUCUCAUCUUCUGAAAGCCAUGGCGAAUUGGAUCUCCUCCAAACUCAAAGCCGCAGAGAACAUUCUCCACCAGAUCGAUCAGCAAGCAGCUGAAUCGCUUCGCAAGAACGAGAGGCUUCGGUCCGAGGAACCCAGCAUUGAUGCUCCUGUGAAAUCUGGAAGCGGUGUGUCUCUGAAAGAUCAAUUGAAGAGGAAACCCUCGGAGAACAAUGAUUAUCAGGGAAAAUUGCGCAGUGAUCCCAGUUUUAGUGUGCUUAAAGCUACUGCAACUGCACCUAAAUUAUCUCCCAAAUCUAGCCCUACCCUCACAGAUGAAGAUUGGACUGAACUCCUUAGUUCACCUAAUCAAUCUAUAGCUUCCGCUUCUGGGGGAAAUCAUGGUAACGGGGUGCCUGCAGCUCGUAGUUUAAGCAAAAAUAGCAGGAAACAAAAGGGUUUGGCUUCGGGGUUAUUGGUUUCGGAUGUAAAGAGGAAUUCUAAAAGUGGUAACAAUGGUCCGAGGUCGUUGCAGAGGUCAGGCUCUGUCAAAGAAGUUAAAUUGAGUGGGAAAACCAGUAAUGAUGGGAAGAAAUCUACCUCUUCUGGUUCCACAGAGAGGAAUUUGACUGUAGAAUCAGGGACUGACGGUAAAUUGGUUAAAGGACUAGAGGAUGCUGGUAAGAACAGUUCUGAGAAGCUUGUGAACGAAAGGGAAGAUGAAGUAAAUGAGCAACGUUUUAAUUAUAGGGACGUUUCUCCACCAGAAUCCUCGCAGGAAGGUGAAAAAACUUUGGCUGCAGAAACGAUGCCAGCAUUGGGGGUUGAUAAGGUGCAAGAAGCUAAGAUUUCAGUUGAUGUUGUAGGCAGUCAAUUGAGAGGUGCAAUAAAAGGGAAGGAUGAGCUUAAUUCAGUCUCUGGAAAUUCAACAUCUGAAAAUUUGACAAGGGGUUCUUCCAUUGCAAGUGAUGGAAGUUCUGUUUCAGAUACUGAUUCUGGUUCAACAUCUGAUUCUGAAAGUGAACGUGAGAGGGAGGAAAGGAGAAAGAGGAGGGAAAGGAUUCUGGCUGAGAAAGCAGCAGCUAAAGCAAUAAACGCUAUCAAGGAAAGGGAGAAUAUGGUUGCCAAAUUAGAGGGGGAGAAACAAAGUCUAGAGAAAAUACUUGAGGAACGAGCUAAACAACAAGCACAAGAGGCUUCACAGCUUCAGAGCACUAUGAUGGAAACAAUGGAAGCUGUUGAGUUAGAAAAGCAGAAACAUAAUAAUACUAGAAUGGAAGUUCUUGCACGCUUAGCUAAACUGGAGACUGUCAAUGCUGAACUUGCAAGAUCCCUCGCAGCUGUGCAGUGGAAUCUUGAAGUAGAGGUUAAACAAGUAGCAGAACUCAAACAGCAAAUUGCAUCAAAAGAGUUGGUUCAUGAAGAACUCAGAAGGAGCAUGAAGAAUCCUCAUCAAACUGGACCUUCACAACAUCAACUAGCUUCAAAAGGUGUUGAGUUUGAACGAGAAAUCCUUGAGGCAGAGCACUCCUUAAUUAAUGAUAAAGUUGUACAAUUGCAGGAAAAGUCAAGGAAGCUUGAAGCUGACAUUGAAAUGUCAAAGAAAGAGAUUGAAGAGCCAACAGAAAUUGAAAUUGAGCUCAAACGAAGGCUUCAUCAAAUGACUGAUCAUUUAAUACAGAAACAAGCCAAGGUUGAAUCACUCUCUUCUGAGAAGGCAAGUCUUAUAUUCAGAAUUGAGGCUGUAUCAAGGCUGCUGGAUGAGAAUAUGCCAUCGGGUGCAACAAAUAUGAAUCCUGCCUCCUCAUCAAGUGACAUAGAAUCAGGAUUGUGGGAGCUCUCAAAUUCAAAGUUGAAGCCUAUGCUAAAAGCCAGAAUUCAUUCUGGCAAGAGACAGCUGGGAUCAUUGCUUCAACAAUUAGAUUAUAUUUUUGUGACUGGUGCACUUUUUUUGAAAAGAAACUCAACGGCAAAAGUAUGGGCUUUGAUAUAUCUUGUUUGCCUUCAUUUCUGGGUGAUUUAUAUUCUAAUAUCACAUUCUGGUCCAUCAAAUGAGGGAAGAUCUGGUGCCGUGAUCUCAUUGGAGAACAUUAAUAACACUGGUGGAGUAUGAUUGUGUUGUGAUAACUCUUUACUUGUCGAUCACCGCAGCUUUUAGGAGGCCAUCAAUACAUCAAGCUCCCGCUGUGGACAUGUAGGAAUGCCGGUACCACGCCAUGACUAGAAAAAUACGUGAUCGAGUCUUCCUAUUUCGAUGAAUUACGACUCUUUGACAUCGUGAAACUUUGCUUUGGAACGAGGAACUCCAUGAGAGGAGCAAUGCCCUGCUAUUUGUAUUGACAAUGAUGAAAAUUUUUCGUAGGGAUUUAGUAGCAGUAUUUUGCAUGUACAGUGUAGCAACAGAUAUGUUCACGGAAUGAGCCUGAAGUCGAUGAGGGAGUGGAAGAGGCUUGGUUGUGAGUUCUCUGUUGUGACCUUAGCAUUAAUAGCCAAAGAUGCUGCGUGCAGUGUCGAGUUAUUAUCUCUUGAAUUUGUAGAAAAAAAAUCAUUUUUUAUUUGUAUAUACAAGUAUUUUGGUAUAUACAAGUAUGAAUAAAUAUUUAUUCAAUUAUAUAAUGGAUUGGAACCACUUACUAGAUGACAUAGCAUGAUUAUAACAUAAUCUAGACUUGUAACCUCUUGGAUUUUAUUUUCUAUUCGUGUGAUGUCACGUAGAUUUAGUUCCAUUAAUCAAGUUGCCUGGGUCCGCUGUAUACAUUUUUUGUAACUCCAAAGCUGUCGAGUUGGCAACAAGGAUGAGCUGUCGUCCUAAUUAGAAUGAAACUCUCCCAAGUAUUCAU